AUGUCUGCUCCCGCAUUGUGGAUUCCCCCUAAGACACUCGUGGUCCGAUGCCGGUUCUGUUCUAGCCAAGAAAUGUCUAGAGCCUCGACCUGUGGCAAUUGUGGAGGUGUGACUACUCCUGCCAAAGGCUCUGGCGGUGGAGCUCUACAGUGGGACGUCUAUCAAUUUGGGAACGAAAUCCCACGGGCCGAUCGAUUUCCAGACUGGUUCCUGCCAAGAGCCGUGGAGGAGUUCGAACAGCGACACGGACAGAACGCGUUCGCCAUUCACGUUUCCAAUAGAGGUGAUAAAUAUCUCCUUGUUCGAUAUCCAUCCAAUGAUUCGGUUUUGGCACGUCGUACUCCAACUUUCUCGUCCAAGAAGGCCAGCACUCAGGUCAACACUCAGGUCCACACUCCAGUCGAGACAGAAGAUUGGGCAAAGGUCACCCCGAGGGACAAACAUGAUUUCAUCAAUUGCCUCCAUGAUAACCAUAACACUUCCCAGGUAGCAGGAAGCAGUGGAGGUAGCCAGACUGGAAGUAGCCAGACUGGAGGCAGGCAGGCUGGAGUCGGCCAGUCUCGGGGCGGCCAGUCUGGAGGCGGCCAGAUUAGAGGUAGCCAGGCUGGAGGCAGGCAGACUGGAGGUCGCCAGGCUUGA